AACUGAAAUAUUUCUUCUGAAUUAAUAGCAACAUUUGCUUUAUUCCAUUGCCGGGAAUAUUUACAAAAGUAUUUAAUCAUCUGCUUGAACUUGGAGAAAUCUGUAAAGGUGUUUGUAUUAGCUUCAGAUAUUCACAAUGAUCAGAUUUGCUGUGAUUAUAACUGUAGAAGAAUUUGAAUCAACAGAGAAAUAUAUAAAGAAGAAAGAAAGAAAUACAUUUUGUGCUUGUGUACUGGAGAACAAUAAUGAAUCCUGAAGAGAUGCCAAAAGAAAAAGAAGUGUUUUCAUACCAAUGUGAUAUCUGUAAAAAGUUUAUAUCUAGUAAGAGAAAUCUCACUGUUCACAAACGUAUCCAUGCAGGAGAAAAGCAAUAUCACUGUGAUGUCUGUGGAAAGUCUUUUUUACGGAAAAGUAGCCUUACUUCUCACAAAUACAUUCAUACUGGAGAGAAACCAUAUUCUUGUGAUAUUUGUGGUAAAUCAUUCUCCCAUAGGAGUGGCCUUACUUCUCACAAAUUCAUUCAUACUGGAGAG